AACUCGCAAAAUAUCCUUUCUAACCCUCAUUCAAACCAACUGUUAACAAUUUUCCUUCAAAUUUUACAUUUAUAUUGCCUACCUACUACACAUGUUCUACCCUCGCAUACAAAACGUGCAUGAAAAUGAUACACAGACACAAUAGAGCCCGAUAUACGACACACCGUGGGAAAAACAUUGUGACCAGAUGAAAACACGCUUCAGUAUCAUCUGAAACUUCAAACGAAACGGUUGAAAAACUCGAGAGCUGAAAAAAAAUUUAAAAAAGGAAAGUAAAAAAAAAAUUGGAGAUCAAAAAUUACAAAAUUUAAUAAUUUAAUUAAAAAAUUAUUAAAACCAAAAAAAGGGAACAGAUGCUGAAGAGAACAAUAAUAAUUACACGCUUAGUGAACUAAAUAAAUUAUUAUCGUUAAUUGAAGUCCCUUUUUUCAAAGAAAAAUCGCGCUCGUGGAUUAAAACAAAAAAAAAUUAAAAAAAAUUUUUUUUUUGAAAAAGUGAUAAACAAAAAAAAAAAUAAAUAAAAAAGGCGCGAAUCGUGAUAAGAAAAAAAAAACGGUCCGAACAACAUAAAAUUGCCUGCAGAGCAACAAAAAAAAAAUAAACUAAUUUAUUUUAACGACCUCUUAAAGUGUCUUUUACAGUCGUCUUCGCCAAAGAAGAGAAAAAAAAGGAGAAAAAUUCGGGUCAAGCGAUGGCAUCUUUCUCAUCAAUGAACUGCUUAGUCGCAAUCGUUUUCGUCAUUUUCAGCAUCACGCUCGGCACAAAUGCCCUGCAAUGCUACGUUUGUGGCCAAUAUAACGAUGGCGUGGGAUCAAUCACACCCUGCCUUAAUUAUUCCGCAAAUUUGGCACAUUUACAUCUGAAGGAGUGUCCGCGGAAGACAGACAAGUUUUGCAUUAAAUACGUGAGCGAGUUAUCAGUCGUAAGAGAUUGUGUUGAAUCGUGCGUGGAAAAAGAGGUCUGGCAAUCAAAAACGUUCUGCUGCAAUGAGAAUGGCUGCAAUGCGGGACCUCACACAAUAACGCCGCCGCCUUCGAUAAUCCCCUUGUUAGUCAUUCCCGCAAUCGCAUAUUCGCUCUUUGUAAUGCUGCAAGGAAGUAGAUUCUCUGCCGUGUAAAAAAGGUCAGUUUUAUGGAAUUAAAAAAGUGUAACGGAUUAUCUCAUUUAUAAUUAUUAUCAUUAAAAAAGACAAAAAAA